AUGGCUGACGGUUUAAAACUCAGUCCUCUACCCCGUCCCGCUAUAGUGGAUCAUAUUGCUCUCCGCGAUAUCAACCUUCCUUUACCUGUAGGACCCGACCCCUGGCACCGUUCGGGCAAGGCACAGCCAUGUACAGCCUCCGUGAAGCUGUCAUACUCUUCAGCCAUCGCUGCUGCGGCUGCUGACGACGUGUCACUUUCCCUCGAUUACGGCAAGCUCUACCGCCGGAUCGAGAGCGAGAUCCGCGAUGCAGGCAAAUCCAUCGCCCCCGGAGUUGAGAUGCUCGACAUCGAUGGGAGCCAAAGCGCCAAGAUGAAGGAAAUUCUUCUUGGACGGGAUGUGCGGAUCCUUGCUGGGAUCAUUGCAGACUGCGGGCUGGGUUUGUUGGACGAAACCAUUGCAGGUGUGAGAAGGAUGGCACACAUACAUCAGAUCUCCCCCACCGGGAGACGAGCGAGCCAGGCAAGUCGAAGGCCGAGCAACGGGGCUUCUAUUGCGCACGCUCAGACGCUAGCUCACACGGAAUCACCUGCGAGUGGCGGGUCUGAUCCUCUUGACAGCGUUUUCGGUCAGUGUGAGGUCUGGAUACAUCUGCCCAAGGCGCUGCUGCGAGCGGAGGGUGGGUUGAAAUAUCGCAGUGUGACGACCUGGGCGUACGAUCAAACCCAGGGGUCUCCUGAAGAUGCAGUGGAGACUGGAAGGCAGACGCUGGUCUUGGAGCAGGAAUUUCGCAUAGAGGGCAUCCGUUGCUAUUGUAUUCUCGGAGUCAACUCGCAUGAAAGACUCGAGAAACAGUGCGUUAUUGUCACCCUUGCGUUUCGAGGCACCGGAGAAACGGUUUGGGGGUCGACAGGUGUUGAUGCUUAUCAAGAACUGGCGAAGGCAGUAGCCGAGAGAGUGGAAUGCACAUCAUACCAGACCGUGGAGGCUUUGGCGACCUUCAUCGCCCGCAUUGCCACCAUGGAAUUUGGCUACGACAGUGUGACCGUGAGGGUGGAAAAACCGAGCGCAUUAGCUUUCGUGGAGGGGGCGGGGGUGGAGAUCACGAGAUCCAAAGCGUUCUUCGCGCAGCAGGACUUUUGGAGGAUGAAGGAAGGCAUAGAACCUCAGUCUCGUCUCGUCGGGGACUCGCUGGAAUAUCCCGGAAGAUCGCCUGACACCUGCCAACCUAUGGCGAUCACACCUGUAUCUGUUUCCGCUCCGGUGUCCGCUGCUUUCCUGGGCUCUCGCCAGGUUGUCGAUCUGAAGGACUCCCUUGUUUUCGGCUGCAACACCCCGACCUCGGCCUCUGUUGAGUCGUCUGCUGAGAUCCCGUUCGCUGCUCCACUGGCGCAGUUGGGCUCGCUGUCUGGCAACGUGGUUUGGCUAGGGGUGCAUGAUACGCAAAACCCUGACGGUUCCUCCGUUCAACCACCCUUGCCGGGUAGCCCGCUCGCCGUGGCUGAUGCCCUAAGUUCGAGAUCAUCAAAGUGUGGGAGCGGCUGUCUCUGUUUCGGAUAUGUUCAAUUCGGCUUCCCCUCGUCCUCCGUGCUCGGCACAACGCCUGGCGGAUCAGAUGCAGCAGCUGAAAGAGAGUCCUACGUGGAAAUCUCUCACGCGGAGAUGGACGUUGACAAACCGGAGACUGGCUUUCAAAUGAAGCUCGACGACAGCCCUCUGCGCCGAUCAGACACCUCACUGCGUUCCCCAGGCAAAGAACUGCCGGGGGAGGGUCACAUCCCCGUUCCGGAGCUGAAUGGCGACCGACUUAGUGUUAACGAGAAGGCAGCGCGGCGGAAGAAGAAAAAGAAGAAGAAGCAGCAGCGGGUCGCUGAGGUGGAGGUUGGAGAUGCCGCUCCCGCGCUAUCCACGGUACGAGGUUUUACCCCUAUGGCUUCCGGCGACGAGGAUUCGGAUUUAUCUACUGCAGGCUCCCGGGCCAUAUCCCCUCGUAUCAAUCCCAUGGGAAAUGGAAACACUUCGGCCGGUAUUAGUGCGUUGAAGCUGCAGCUCGAUGCCUUGAGCUUAUCUGACAGUCGGCCUUCUUCGCGGACCACGAAUCAGACGGGCUCUCACACCCCAAGCAAUGUGAGUGAGGAAUCCGACAGCGACCAAACAGAGGUUAUGACGAGCUAUGAAGUCCCUCUUGAGCAUGACUUUGUGAGCCAGGAAGCUGUCGCAGAGGAGCAGUCCUCCAUGCUUUCUACGGGUGACAAUGAUACGCAGAAUCAGCUCUGCAGGAAGAUGACAAGUCGCGACUUCGAACCCUUGACGUGUCUGGGAAAGGGCACAUUCGGAACGGUCUUGCUCGUUCGUCACAAGGCGACUGGUCGGCUUUACGCGCAGAAGCAGUUUAGGAAAGCCUCCAUUACCGUCCACAAGAAACUGGUGGAGCAGACGAAGACCGAACGUAUGAUUCUGGAAAGCGUCAACCGCCAUCCGUUUGUGGUGAAACUGUACUACGCCUUUCAGGACCACGAGAAGCUGUACCUUAUCCUGGAAUAUGCCCAGGGCGGCGAGUUGUUUACUCAUCUGGCAAUGGAGCGGAUGUUCAGUGAGGAUGUGGCCGCUUUCUACAUGGCGGAGAUGGUGCUCGCCCUCGAGCAUCUACACCAGAACGUCGGUGUGAUUUACCGCGACCUGAAGCCAGAGAACUGCCUGCUGGAUGCCGAGGGCCACCUGCUGCUCACCGACUUCGGGCUCAGCAAGGUCUCUGUUGAUGAAAACGACCGUUGCAACUCUUCUCUGGGCACCAUCGAGUACAUGGCUCCCGAGGUUAUCCAGGGCAAGCCUUACGGCAAAGCGUGUGACUGGUGGUCGCUGGGUGCGUUGGGUUACGACCUGUUGACGGGCUCUCCCCCAUUCCAGGGCCCCAACAACGCCAAGAUCCAGGAGAAGAUCCUUAAGCAGAAGCUUUCCUUGCCGUAUUUUCUCGGGCCCGAUGCGAAAGAUCUUCUGACCCGUCUUCUUCGCAAGGAGCCGCACAAGCGACUGGGCUAUCACAUGCCCAAGGAUCUGGAGACGAUCAAGAAGCACCGGUUCUUCCGAAAGAUCGAUUGGAAGGCUCUUGCACGACGCGAGGUGGAGCCACCGAUCAAGCCUCUCAUCACUGAUCCAGCCCUGGCCGAAAACUUCUCGACCGAUUUCACGAACCUGCCCCUGAGCCCCAUCGUGUCCAGUAACCCGCUCGGGGACGACGAUGACCGCGUCAAAAAUAUGUUAAAGUACGCCGGCGUAUCCGGCGAACACAACAACAGCAGCAGCAGCGCGGUGAACGAAGCCGAUCCAUUCCGUGGGUUUAGCUUCGUGGCCUCGAGCAGCCUGCUAAACAGUGGGAUGGGGCUCACUACAUGA